AUGACCAUCAAGCGUCCGAGCUCGUCGGAAGAGUCUAGGUCGCCCCCGCCGGCACCUUCCAGCAUGUCGCCGCCCUUGCUGCCUUUAUCGCUCUUCUCUCUUGUGAUUGAAUUCCUCAUGUUCAGCUACACGCCGAAAUUGGGGCCUGUGCGCCGCGAAUUUUCCGGCAAUUACCUAAAAGACGUGGCGCUCGUGUCGAAAAGCUGGUAUCAGGCUGUAGACGAACUCGCGGCGCGUUAUCGGCGCGACACGAUGCAAUUGACGUUGAAGUUUGGCUCGAGGGUCGAAGUUAUGGGGAUCCGGCGACAAGUUGAACUCCGAGGGCGCUCAGUGCGGGAUCUCCGCAUCCGAAUGGGGCGCUCGGACGGCAUGCGGUUCGUCACAGGAGUUUGGUGGUGGAUGGAGAACCGCGAAAUCCCGUGGGACAUCAUUUUCUCGCGAAUGCCUGGGCUCAAAAGAUUGGAUUUGAGAUUUAUGCCACUCGAGAGUCCCCAUUUGCCGAUUUUGUUGGAGACAGCAGCGAGAUUCUGCCUGCAACUGGAAUACUUGGUGCUCCCCAGGAAACAGGAUGCGAACGUGAUGGUCAAUAGUACUAUCAUUGGAAAAGUGAUGAAGGUGUUGAGAGAUGCGAUGGCGAGAUGGCAUUUCAAGGGCAAGUGUGGGGGGUUGAAACAACUGACAGUGCCCACGAGGGAAGAGGAGGACAGAGUUCAGACCAGCACGAGAUUUAUUGAGGACAUAGUUGAGUUCUGUCCGAAUGUGAAAUAUCUGAAUGGGUACAGCUUCGCUUUGGACGAGAUGAACGAUAUAACGUGUGAGGAGAAGUGGAUGAUCUCGCUGGAGACCUGGGAGAAGUUCAACGAGACUUGCACUAGUUUGCGGGAAUUCCACUGGGUCGUUGUGCCCUUUGCAGAUCCAUUCUUUCGAGUAUUUGGAGAUCAUGUUAAGCCAAAUUUGAAGAAGUUGACACUGACGUCGAAUUUAUCGUGGGACCGAGACGAGUAUUUUACACGAGAUGGGUCGACGGGCUUCUCCACCGAGAAACCUGGUUACGGGCUGCUUGCAAACGAUGUGAUUGCCAUAUUUAAGGGUUGUCCCGGGCUAACUGAGCUGGAAGUUGCUAUCGACGAAGAGAAAAACAUGAAUGAUCUUGCGCCUUUGCUUGACGCUGAUAUCUUUGGAGACAAAUUUUGGGAGGCCGUCGCUCAGUCCUGUCCGCUGUUGCAAUCUGUGUAUGUGCACGACUGCUCUGCCUAUGGAGGGAGUCGUAUCGUCAGACCGAUCGAAACAUUCACGGAUCGAGGGCUACUUGCACUUGCAGAGCACUCGCGCUUAGCUUCAAUUGAGCUGUCGGCCGUGUGUUGCUCUGGAGAUGGCGUAUUUCAGUUCCUGCAGCGCUUCUUUAGAAUGAAACACUAUGUUGGAGGGAACCGCACACUUGACUUGAGUCUCGCAGGCCCAAUUUACCACGACACUGCGCUGCCACAUCCAUUCUACCUCGAGCUUAUGACACUACUAAAGCACCUCGCCAAAACAAGCGAAGAAGAAUUGGGUGCGAGCUCGUGCAGCUUCAAGGCAUCACUGAACAUAUUCAAUCCGCACAGCGCAUCGGUUGACAAGGAUUGGAGUGUUUCCUACGUACGCGACGAGCUGAAUCCUAUCCUUGAAAAGGUGGCGAGCGCACAUCCGUCUCUCGAUCUUCAUAUCAUUCUCUGCAGAGACAACGACGAAAGCUUUCGCCUGAUUGAACACCUCGAGCUCGACUGGUCUCCUGGGUCUCAAGAGGGAGAAAUAUUCUUUGAGAAUGAAUAUUUAGGGGACUCGGACAAUAAUGAUGGUGGGAGCGAUGAAGAGGAUGAAUUCUUCGAUGAUGAAGAUGGUCCUCUCAACCCUCACGAGAUUUUCUUUAGGCGCCAUGCCAUGUUCAUGGACGACGAGUACGAGAUUGUUCCAGCUGACGAAAUCGAUGAGGAUGAUGCAGUCUGA